AAAACGACACGGCAGCUUUAAAGCCAAUGCAUUCAUUGGCUUCACGAUCCAGGCAGCCAAUUGCUUCGGUAAGUUCCUCCGGCGAGCCGUCGAAGGGCGUCUUCUGAUUGUCUGACGCAAAUUUUAGCUCUAACGCCGCUGCAACAGAGUUCAUAGCUUCGCCAUUGUCGUUUUAAGCUAACAUUUGAGAGGCUGGAAAAGGAGCCAUAGCAAGCGGUCGUAAAAUGUUGGGGGACGCGACGAAUUGGGACGAGGAUGCUUACCGAGAGAGUCUAUACAAAGAGAGAGAGGUACAAACUCGGACGGUGUUCAGAACUGCGUGGGCGCCGUCUUUAAGUGGUUGCCCUGAGUCCAUCGUGGUCGCCUCCAGUGAUGGAUCCAUUGCCUCUUAUUCUAUCGCUUCCUGCAUCUCUAAGCUGCAUUCUGGUUAUGGCAAUACUAAAAGUUUGCUGGCAGCAGAGCCUCAUUGCUUUCUGCAAGGGCACGAUGGACCUGCAUAUGAUGUUAAAUUUUUUGAUGCUGGCGACAAUACUUUAUUACUGAGCUGCGGGGAUGAUGGUCACAUUCGAGGAUGGAGGUGGAACGAAUGCACGGAUAUAGAGGUGCCUAUAUAUUUGCAAGGUAGUCAUAUUGAGCCUGUAAUGGACCUGAUGAAUCUUCAAUACAAAGGUCCCUGGGGUGCUCUUUCUCCAAUCCCUGAAAAUAAUGCAAUUGCUACCAAUACGCAGAGUGGAUCCAUUUUUUCUGCUGCUGGAGAUUCUUGUGCGUAUUGUUGGGAUUUGGAGAGCGGUAAAAUUAAGAUGGUGUUUAAAGGGCACUCUGACUACUUGCACUGUAUAGUUGCCCGAAACACUGUCAAUCAAAUCAUAACUGGUUCAGAAGAUGGUACAGCACGAAUAUGGGAUUGCAAGACUGGAAAGUGCAUUCAACUAAUCGACCCAGCGAAGGAUAAUAAGAAGCAGAAAGGGAACUUUUCUUGUGUUAGAUGCAUUGCUCUUGAUGCAAGUGAAAGCUGGUUGGCCUGUGCUGAUGGUCGGAGUUUUUCAGUUUGGAACCUUCCGGCUUCAGAUUUCAUUUCAAGAACUUUGACCCGUUCUUCAAUGCAGGAUAUGGUUUUUUGUGAUAAUCAAAUACUAGGCGUUGGAGCAGAACCAUUACUAACUCGAUUCGACAUACAUGGAUCAAUUCUCUCAGAAAUACAAUGUGCCCCUCAAUCCGCUUUUUCUGUCGCUGUGCAUCCAUCUGGCGUCGCAGCAGUCGGAGGCUAUGGUGGUCUCGUGGACGUUAUCUCACAGUUUGGAAGCCAUUUAUGUACAUUCUUCUGUCAAUACAGAUGAAUAUAUAUGUAUAUAAUGCGUUGCUUCACCGCAGGAGUUGAGGAUGUGUGGGAAAUUUGGAGGUGCCUGUAUUUGCUUCAUGAUUUGCCUGUCAAGGGGCUGCAAUCCAGAAACUUUCUUCUUGUGGGAUGUAGGUAAUUAAUCUCUUACUUCCAAUAUGAAGUUCUUGUCCUUAACGUAAUUGGUCCCGCUCGAGGAUUUUAGUCUAAGAGAUGUUAGAAACAACGUGGAGAGUGUUCACAACUUCAUAAUUUUCAACAAAAAAGUCAGAUAUUUGAAUUAUCA